AUGUUUAGAGGUAUCCUAACAAAACCUUCAAGUCCUUUUCAGCUAUGCAUGCCUGUUUUAAGGGUUAGCAAAAUAAGUAAUAGCGUUCAAUCACGAGCCUUUUCAAGCUUUCUUCCAACUAAUAAUAAAGAAACAUCUACUAAGAAAGGGAUAACUUCUUCAAACAAAGCUAAAGAAAUCUUACUGCAAGAAAAAUCUACUCUUCCAAAAUUUGAUUUCGAUGAAUUACCAUCUAUUGCACAAGACUUGGUUGACCAACAUCGUGAACAGAGAUUUUAUAAUAGAAUAGCUGCAUAUGAACUACCUCUCCUAGUAAAAUUCCGUCAAGAAUAUAUACCCCCUUCUACUGAUUCAGUUCUUUCUUUUAGGUACACUACAUACCCGGGAGAAGAAACAACUCCUGGUAGUGUCCCUGCAGCCAGUAAAGUGGUUCUUACAAUUUCAAUGGAUAAAUUGAAAUAUUCUGAUAAGGAGAAACAUAAAUUGGCUAUACUUUCUGGUACCAACUACAACCCUAUUACAAAAACUUUUAAGUUCAGUUGUAACAAGUACCAAAAUAAAUUAGAAAAUAAAUAUUAUUUAAUUAAUAUUUGGAAUCAAUUGAUAACAGAAUUAAAGGAUACCUCUGAUAUGUUUGAAGACGUUCCAAUAGACAAAAGAUAUGCACAAACUAUUGAAAGAAGAAGGAAAAGGAAAAGCGGUGCAAGAUCCAUUUGUGCAUUCCCAAAAGAGUGGGAAAGACCAGAGGAUGCUCCUAAGAAACUUUUUAAUUUCUUUGAUUAA